GACUCUAAUUUUAUACAUACUACUAUCACAAGGUUGGCGCCCUUUUUAUUUCUUUCUCUCUCUCUUUCUUCUUUGUUUGGACAAAGAAACUCUUUACCUUUUUGUUUAAUCAAAAACACACAAUGGCGUUCUUUCGCACAGUGUUUCUCUUGCUCGUGCUAGCGAAUGCCGCGUUUCUCGGUUACGACCAUUACAAAGGUGGCGACAUUGCCGUGAGUUUGGUAGACCAAGCCAAACACCUCAAUGUCCCUACCGUACAGUUGCACUUACAAAACGCCUGGACCGAGAUUAAGUCCACGACACCCGAAAAAAUUGCUGGCCACGUGAAUUCUGCUUUUGACCAGUUGAAGGAUUUCAACUCGCCUACUGACGUUGUCGACUACUUGCGUGCCAAAGCUUCUGGUGUUGUCUCUGGUGGAAGCAGCCAAGGGGCCAUCCAAAUGGAGGGCAACGUGUUUGUUUUGACGACUGGCAAUUUCAACAAGGUCAUUGAUGGACAACGCCCUGCACUCAUUGAGUUUUAUGCACCCUGGUGCGGCCAUUGCAAAAAGUUGGCUCCGAUCUAUGAAGAAUUGGGUGACGCGUUCGCGAGUGCUCAGGAUCAAGUGGUGAUUGCCAAGGUCGAUGCGGAUGAACACCGUGACUUGGGUGGCAAGUUUGGUGUUCAGGGGUUCCCUACGUUGAAAUGGUUCCCCAAGGGCGUGACAACGAGCGAGGGUGUCGAGGAUUAUCGUGGCGGCCGUGACUUGGACUCGUUGACCAAGUUUGUGCAGGAAAAGUCGGGCGUACGUCCUCGUAUCAAGUCGACAAAGUCGGAUGUUGUCGUAUUGGACACCAAGAACUUUGAUACAAUCGUCAAGGAUCCCAAGCAGAAUGUCUUGGUCGAGUUCUACGCUCCCUGGUGUGGUCACUGCAAGAACUUGGCUCCUAUUUAUGAAAAGGUUGCCAAUGCAUUUGCUAAUGAACCUAACUGCAAGGUCGCCAAGAUUGAUGCCGAUAGUGAACGUGAGAUUGGCACUCAAUAUGAUGUUUCUGGGUUCCCCACGAUCAAGUUCUUCCCUGCUGGCGAUGAUAAGGAACCUGUCUUGUACGAAAGCGCUCGCUCCGAGGCUGGCUUUAUUGAGUUCCUGAACAAAAAGUGCGGCACUCAUCGUGUUGUUGGCGGUGGUCUUGAUGCUACGGCUGGUCGUGUUUCUGACUUGGACAAGCUGGCAAUCAAAUUUGCAUCGACGUCUGACAAGGGUGAACGCGAAAAGGUCAAGGCUGAGGCAGAGUCAAUUGCAAAGGAACUGGGAACGCGUAAUGCAAAGUUCUAUCACGUCUUCAUGAAGAAGAUCUUGGAGAGCGGCGAUUCUUUUGUAAAGACCGAAUCCGCACGUGUUGAUCGUAUCAUCAAAUCCAACACUGUUGCAAUGAACAAGGUCGACGACUUCACCAUCCGUCGUAACAUUCUUGCUGCUUUCGACAAGAAAGCCAAGCCUGUUACCAAGGAUGAACUGUAAAUAAACACACCCUCUCUCUUUAAAACCCACUUUUCUAUAACUCUUCUUUCCGUUUUCAACACAACUCCACACGUGUAUACACACACACACACACACACACACAACAACAACCCAACCCGUACCAAAAAGAAACCUAUCCGCGAACAUAACAUAUCACCAUC